UUUCCUAAGUGCAUAACCUCGAUCAUCGCGCCAUACUGCACAGUUUUAUACAUACUUUCCGAAAACUGCGAUCGAGAGCGUAUCGCAUACAACAAAACAGUACUUAUAUAGCUAUACGCACACAUACGAUCACUUGUCAAAUAUACAUACGCGAUGGUAUCGUUCCAGUGAUUCGCGCGCGUGUGUGCGUCUAGCGCAAGCUGACGCAUGUAUUUUUCUCUCUCUUUGCGUCUGUCGUUCCUCACCAAAAUUGUUUGUGUUUUGCUGUAUUCAGCUGUUGCUGCGCGUGAGGGUUAGUCACUCGCUUCUUGUCUUGUCCAGAUUAUGCAUUGUUGGAGUCCAAGACUAACGUGGCAGAAGGGAAUAAGUGUCUUUGGAAUUUCGCCGUUGGAUCAAGCUUAUAUCUGUUGAAAGAUUUGCGUUGCUUACCAUGGCCAUCGCUGCGAAAAGGGGCGUUUUUUGCGUGCUCGGAGCCGUUUGCGUUCUGCUAGCGAUUGUUGGAUCCUCGAAUUGUUUGGAGAGAACGUUGGAAUAUUCAUUUAAUGAAGACUGCAAGGAACUUUGUAAACAUACAAAAGUAAGGAUAGCACAUGUGAGAGCUGUUGGACCAAAUGAUACUUUGCAUUACCUCUGGGAUUUCACAGAAAAUCCAACCAUAUUAAUUGCUGUCACAUCACACACUGCAAAACUGCAGAUUGAUUGGAAAAAGUAUUUAUCAAGGACACCAAAUUCAUUGAAUUUUACGGAGAAGCCACUUUACACAUUUGGAGUAGCUAUAGAAAGGAUACUUGAAUUUAAUGAUUUCUAUAAUACUUCAAGAAUUGAUGAGGUAAAUGACAAGAAUAUUACUGAAAUUAAUUUUGAAAACUUCCAAUGGCAUCAUGAGAAUAUGACCAAACAUGAUAAUUUGGUUCAAUUCUAUACAUAUGCUGAUAGCUAUAAAGAUCAAUACAACAAUGUGCGGUCUGGAAACAUUUCAUUUUUGAUGCAUGGAUUUGGGGCUGUAAAUCAUUCAAAUAUCACUCCUCGUAUGUUGCAUUCUGAAAAUGCUACACAGGUUGAUAUUGUGUUUGAUCACUUACAAGUUAGAAAAGAUUUUCUUCGUAGUCGAUUAGCUCUAGAAUUCUUAGUUGUAAGUGAAAUUAGCCCCAAUUUGACUCUAAAUGUAGACACAAAAAGAAAGUUGGAUGAUGAGUUUACUCCAGGAAUAUUCGAGGUCAUGGACUUAAGUACACCUGUGAUUAAUGAAAGGUCAGCUUAUCUACAAUGGAGACCUGUAUCUUAUACAGAUGAACUUCGCGAUGUCACGGACUCUGUUGGAAGUAUUUUCUAUCCAGUGAAAAAAGCUACAGUUGACGAUUAUUUCAACAAAAAUAAUUUACUUUAUAUGUACUAUGGAGAAAACUUGUUUAAUAAUCUCGUACAACGAAUGAAUGUUUCACUGGGUGCAAAAGGAGAAAACUAUUAUAAGGAAAGCCAAUAUGCCACCUGGACUUUUAUCGCUGGGUAUGGGACUCCACCGGACGAGCGAUUUUCCGUUAUGGUUAUGUUAAUUAUCUCUAUUGGCGUUGGUGUACCAGUGAUAUUAAUCAUGACGCUGGGAAUUUGGGCGUGCUUGCGACGAAAAAAUCCCAGCUAAGAAGUAAAAACUGCCAGUUCUGUUUUCCAGAGGAGCGUCAAUGGUAAUGAUCUCUUGUGAAACUAAAGUAGAUGGAAAAUCAUAAUAUGGAAUAGUAAAUAAUAUCUAUGAUGAUUGUAAAUAUUGUUUUAAUGUAAAUUGUCCAUAUGAUGAUCAAUCCAUGUUUAUUUUACUUUCAUAGGGCACCAUUGAGUCCAAGCGAUUACCAAGAGUGUCCUUUAUUACAUAUACAUGCGGGUAUAUAUUUUAAAUCUGUAUUUUAUAGAAAAGUAGAGUUUGUAUAUUUUUUUAAAGGCACAAAAAGAGUACAAGCACUGCGUUCGCGGUUCGUUUAUCGAGCCGUGUAGAUAAUUGUAACUAUAUAUGUGGAUAUUUUUUCCUCGUAAUUCGUGUCUAUAUGUAUGUAGAUUAUGAACAUCGACAACUGUUACAUAUUUCUAACAGCAACCAAAAGCAAUUAUGUGAAACUGAAAAUACUAACUACUAAAUAUUUCAUUGAAAUCGUGUGAUGCAUUUUGAAAGAUUUGGCAAAGCAAUUAGGCAUAAUCAUGACUAGCAUUUAAUUUCCUUGAUUAAUUUGCGACAACUGUGAUUUUAAUAUUAAACAGUUGCAAUCGAUUAAUGAAAUUAAUAUUUGUGAUACUCUUCAGUUAUUUUAAUAUUAAAUAGAGAAAAUGAUCAUUUCGUAUAGAAAUGAUGAUAUUUUUGGUGUACCAAAAUCUUCAUAUUUUUAACGAAAUCGUUCCAAAGUCCAAAAUACGAUGUAAAGUAAAAGUAUAUAUAUAUAUUAAUUAUUAGUAGAAGAAAAUAUUAGGAAAGAAAUGAUCAACUUUUAUUCUUGUUAAUGAUUUGUUGAGAAUCUUGAUUUUUUGAAAGAUAUUUGAUAUUUUUGAUUGCACGCGUUACUGUUUAAGCAAUGUCCUCAUAGUUAUUAAGGGUCUUUGCCAUAAUGCUAGCGUAAACGUAAGUUUUUGUUCAAGUACCUAUUCGAAAGUUAUCUUGAUGAAAGUAAUUCAACUGCAUAAUCCUUAGGUAUAUUAUAUACACAUGUAUAUUUUCUUGUAUGAAUCACGAAUAAACCAAAAAGUUUAUACAAAAAAUAA